AUGCCACGACUACAAUCACUCGCUCUCCCUCCUGCAUUACCAUCAGAACUCCUAACCUACGUCCUAGCGCACCAAGCCCACCCAACAACCCUCAUAAUCUGCCAACCCCGCUCCAACUUCCUCACCUCCCUCCUCAAUUCCAUCGACCAGACCUCACCCAUUUCAAAUCCCUCCGCGACUGACGACCCCUCCUCCGCCCCAGCAGAACCAUCGCCAGUACAUCCUCUCCUCAUACCAACGCUACAUCAGAUAGCAACAUCGAGGUCCGUGAAAGUGGUGUUCAUCCCUACAGUCUCGCAUCUACGCGCUUACCUCGCUGCUUUUGGCGAAGAGGAUCGAGUCGCAUUGCCGGUACCACAGUUCGAGAAACAAGGGAAGAACAGUCCGUUGAUUGUUGUGUAUGGGCUUGUGGGAUUGCAUCGGGAUACCUCUGAGUGGAGUGCACAGGGGUUGGGGAAUAGUGUUUCUGCGUUAGUGGAGGUGGGCGAAAGGUGUGGAAGGAGAGUGGUUUGUUUUGAGGAGCGAGAGGAUGAGAUUUCAGGUGAUCUGCAAGAGUUAGAAGAUGAGGAGGAGGAGAUUGAGAGUCGGAGGUGGAAGGAGGUGUGUAAGGUUUGGGAACAGAGGGUACCUAUGUUGAAUGGAAGUGUUAGAAGAGCGGGAAUGGGCAGUGAAGACGAGGCUUGGAGUGGCCGGACUAUUGAGGCCGGCAGAAUCUUUGGAAGAUGGUUUAGAUUCGAGAAAGCGGACUGGGUGUAA